GGCAACGUCUCUGGAGCCGUGGAGCUUCCAUGUACCCACACCCAUCGUUUUAUUUGAUAAAAAAUAAAUAAAAAUCCCCACCAAUCCCACGCAACGCCGCCGCUCCAACGGCUAGUUUGUCCAUCCUGCCGAGUGCCGGCCCUCCACCCGCGAUCUCAAAUUCAUCAAUCGCCCGCGCCACCACCCACCAGGCAUCAUCUCAGCCCAAGCAUCGGCACCUCGCCGCCUCCCGCCGCCGCGGCAGCGAGCUCAGCUGCCAGCUCGAUCGCCAGCCAGCGGAACCCUCCAGAAAACUCCAUGGGGAUCCCGUCGAGGCUCCCGGACCACGAGGAGGAGGAGGAAUACGACGAUGCCUUGUUCUACGAGGACAUCCAGGCGCCGAAGUUCGUGGACCUCACCGCGCCCGACGCCGGCCUCCCCGACGACGACCCCGCCUGGUUCUGCCUCCGAGUCGGUUGCGACCAGAGCCAUGAGCAGGUUGACCCGGAGGCCUUGGACAGGAGCUUCUUCGUGCGGGUUUGUCCUCUCGUAUAGCCGUAUAUCUCCGAUUGGCUGUGAUAUCCAAUGUCAUGGCGGCGAGAAGCCCCAACGUGCGGCUACAGAAGGUUAUCAGCAGGAAAAAACAGAGCUCGAUGCUGAAAUGCCCGCACUCUGCGCCACCGAAGCCUCCGAGGGCUCGGUUCGCGAGGCUGAGCGCGACCACGGAGGCCGCGGAGAAGGCACCGGCGAAACCCAAGCCAAGGGUCCAGCGGAUCUGCGCCCUGCGAGCAUCCCCGAUCCGUAUCAAGGCUGAGAGGGUCGAAUGUCCCAGCGAGAGGAAGAAGGCACUGACGACGCCGCGGAGCAAGGCCGUCCGGCCGAGCCAGGAACUGUUUCACAGCGUGAAGCACCAGAAGGAACCGUUCACCGCUGCAGCCAGGAAGGGGAAGGUCGUCAAGGCCCUGUUCAUGAGCACGCCAAAAAAGGCGCCUGCCCAGACGCCGGCGGCAGACAGGAGCAAGGAGGCGGGGUCCGAGGCAUGUUCCAAGCUGAGGAAGCUGAACUUGGCGUGCCGGGAGGUGCCGAGCAGGUACAUGUCUCAGCUGAAGAAUCCGAAGACUGUCAAGAAAGGGGAAGAGACCACGGUGGCCAAGAGCGAGAAGCGGGGGCAAGAAUCCAAGACGAAUGCCAAGAAGAAAAUCUUAGGACGCUCACUGAAGUGUACCCAUGCCGAACCUGAUGGGGAGAAUCGAAACGGUUGCAGCAGCACUGAUGCAGACGAGAACUCAUUUGCAGAAAUUGCUGCCUCCGAUCAGGAGAGGAAGGUGGUGCUGCAGGAAUUGAGAAUCGAGGUGGAUACAUCGCGAGCUGACAAUUCCAAUGACAACAAGGAGAAUCUGUCGAGUGCUCCCAGUGAAGAAGCAUUGAACAAUUCACAUUCUGAAAAUGGAAACAGACAGUUGGAGAACAAUGAGAAUGUUCCUCUAAACGAGAAUGUUGCUUUGAAGGUGGCUAAAUUGCAGAGCAAAGUGCAUCAAGAGCAAGCAGGAAAGCUCAAGAAAACUACCAACCCUAGGCCAUUCAGGCUAAGGACUGAUGAAAGAGGAGUGCUUAAAGAAGCAAAACCAGAGAAAAGGCAGCCGUUCACUGAGAAUAAUUCCACGGCAGUACUCAAGGAUGCAAACAGAGGAGUGACGCCAAUGGACAAACACACCCAUGGCAAGGGACGAGACAAGCCGGCUUGCGGCAAGAAACAGAAGAAACGAAGCACCCAGAUUGUAACGGCUCAGCAGCUCGAUGAGUCCAGCUCCAGGCCGGCCGUCAACAGCAUCCAAUGCAGAGCUGUGAAACCGGAGAGGGUUUCUAGGCUUGCAUCAUCAACACGUACAGCCAAAACAGCAAGUGGCCUUAUGGCACCUUCUUCCCGGACUGGGAAGAAGAGGAAGGCGGCUACGGUGAAGCUGUCGAGGAUCCAAACACCAGCUGCUUGAGCUCGGGCACGGGCAGAUCAAGGAGGAAAUGAGAAACUGCCGACAACGGUUUUUGUUGUCUGCUCCAGCGACGAGUUCUGUAUUUAUUACUGCGUCGAAUUCGUUUUCCGGAUUUUGUGGAUUUAUGUACACUGAUCAUUUCUUUCUGCGAGUCGUGUGGUGGAAGUGGAACCCCUCUGCUUUGUUGUACCGCCACCGACCAGAUUUCUUCUUCUUUCUGUAGAAUGAUUCAGAAUUUGAUUAUUUUUCUGUAACUUAAUUGAACUGGGGAAAGGAGGCCCGGCCCAACCCAUGAAACAUUUCAAUUUUAGCCGUGGACUAGGAUCCAUUUCAUCUCGCUA